AUGUCUAGCGUUUGGUUUGGAACCGGAAAGCCAAAGAACAUGAACGCCUAUCUAACCCCGUUUGUGACCAAAGCCAAAGAACUGUUGAAAAAUGGAUUCACAUACUUAUUAAAUGGUCAAACAUACAAGAAAAGAGUUGUUACUUUGAUGAGUGUAUGUGAUUCUGUUGCUCGGCCGCUCGUACAAUGCACUACACAAUUCAAUGGCAAUUAUGGGUGCGGCUUAUGCCUACAUCAUGGGGAAUCAAUUGAAAAGGGUCGAGGAUUCGCUAGAGUUUACCCUGUUAUCAACGGGGAAUUUUUUGGUGAAGGCUUACGAAGUCAUGAGCAG